UAUCUUAUAGACAGUUAUGACUCGAGUUAUGACAGUGCGUAAUGUGAUAUUACAACACCACCGAUUUCAAUUUCAUUAGUGAUUGUAAUCACAUUUAAUUAUCGUUAUCAGUGCGUACCUAAUGUGUGUUUUGCGUGCUGCGUAUUCACGAAUAAUGUCAAGUACCGCCGCGAACGGGAAAUACACUCCACAGAAUUCUCGUGGACGUUGCGACAAACUUUUCGAUAUUUGUAUAAUUGCUCGAUAUGACGAAAUAUCGCUUCAAAAAUUUUGAAACGCUGCUGGCUUGUCGAAAGGCGCAACAGUCACGCGUCAUUUCAGUUUGGAGAAGUGUUUUCCGCCAUCUCGGAGGCGCAAUUUUCGAUCGGCCAGACGAGUAUGAUCGACAUAAGCGUCCUGUGGAAAAGAUAAUGUGGCUCGUCAUUCGUAUCAUAGCUGUAUCCGGCACGCUAUUUAUGAUGUUGGACUUUACAUUGAUGUACAAGAGAAGCCCGACUUUCACCACUCCUGAGACAUUUCUCUAUCCGAUAUGGAACGUGGACUUUCCGGCGAUUGCGAUUUGUAACGUCAACCGAAUUAGCCGGAAAGCAGCGGUCGAUCUCGCUCAAGAGCUCAUGGAAUUCGAAAGUACCAAGAAUCCAUUCGCUAACAAUCUGACAAUGCCGGAUCUCACACACAUGCUGAGCCUAUUAGGCCAAUUGUAUCUACGUCAGGACGGAAAUGCUGACACUGAGCCAACGAAGCGUUUACACACGAUUCUGGAAAGGGCUUACAACGAUUACGACGUUGAUAGAAUAAUGAAACGCCUCACACCGAAAUGUAAAUCCAUGUUGCGAAAAUGUUCUUGGAAGGGAAAAGACGUGAUGUGCGACGAUAUCUUUGUGUUGAGGAAAACUCAGGAUGGCUACUGUUGCACAUUCAACUACGCUAGACGCAACGACUGCUUCGGAAGCGCAAAGGACGAUGUCUUUGCAUCUGAAUACGUCGAACGUAUAAUGAACAUCGGAUCCGAGUACGGUCUGUCUGUUCUCUUAAAUCCACAAUUAGACGACUAUUUCUACAAAAUUCUUCCGAUUAAUGGCUUCAAAAUAUCAGUGUAUAAUCCUAUGAAUCAUCCUGACGCAACGAGUGGUCAGGUACGCGAGGUUCUGAUCUCUCCGAAAACAGAAACUUUUAUAGAGCUGGACGCAAUUAUGUUUCAUACGACAGAAGAUGUUCAAAAAUAUGAUAUACGAGAACGCAACUGCUUAUUUAAAACGGAACAAUCCAAGAUAUUUCGCGGCUAUUAUUCGUUCAGCGAUUGCAUAGUGUACUGCCGUCUGCAGGAUAUCUUCCGGUUAUGCGGCUGCGUGCCGUUUUUCUAUCCGAGAGACGUCGCUUUCGACCGAAACUGCAAUCUGAAGGAUUUAUCCUGCUUAACAAAGUACAGAGAAAGAUGGAAGAACGUGAAGCCUCGAUUCGAAAAUGUCAUGACGCCAUUCGACGAAAGCAAGUUCGAAGGACUAUCGGGUUACUUGAGCUGCGAUUGUCUCCCAUCUUGCACCGAUGUUAUGUACAAUCUGCAGUCUAGCAGCCUACCUUUAAGCCGGUCCAACUUGUCAUUUGGGAGGUAUAGCUAUUCGAUCCAAAACGAUAGCUUAGUACGCAUCUACUUUAGAAAGACGGAGGUGAUGAGAUUACGACAGGAUGUACUUUUUCACUGGUACGAGGUCAUGAGUAAUUACGGAGGCGUGUGCAAUCUAUUUCUCGGAGUCAGCAUCAUAAACGUAAUUGAAGUAUUGUAUAGAUUAAUUAUACGGAUUUGCCGGCCUGACUCGACGAACCAAUCUACGGCGCAAAUCAAAGAGAGCAUCGAAGGAAAUCAAGACAGUGCCGAGGUGACAACAAUCACGGUGGAGUCUGUAAAAAUAUCGCAAGUCAUUCAAUCGCUCCACUGGGAAGAACUGGCCGGUGUCCUCCGCAAAGGACGAUUGAGUUCGUCCCAUUUAUCGCUGAAUCCAUUAAUGAAGCAAUCAAAUCUGCGUGUCGGCGAUCAAAUUUAAUUGUAUUUUACGGUUUAGU